AUGACCGUUAAAGAUUUGAAAAUAGAAAAAGCAACGAACUACAUUCAUUACAUUAUUCUACCUUUGAAAAUAGUCGCAUGUUGGGAUUGGUUUCCAAAGCCGAAGAGGAACCGUGAAAUAUUUAUCAACAACAUUUAUUUAGGGAUGGUAUUAUUUGUACUCACUUACAUGCCAGCUGCCCUUGCAGUACAUCUCUACACUGAAUGGCAGGACAUUAUGUCCAGUCUGGACAAAAUAGCCGAUUGUCUGCCGCUGUUGGUUUCUGUGGCUAUCGUGUCAUACUACGCUAUUUAUAGAAAAGAUUUGUACACGCUAGUGGACUAUAUGGAGAAGAACUUCAAGCAUCAUUCGGCGAGGGGCUUGACGAAUAUGACGAUGUGGGGCAGUUACUGCAAGGCGAGGAACUUCGGCAGGAUAUAUACCGCCUGCACAAUGUUCAGUGUUACUAUGUAUGUCACCUUGCCGCUUAUCCUUCAUUUGUGGACAAAGGAACCCAUUCAGAGCUGGGUAUAUAGUGACGUCACUCAGUCUCCAUUCUUGGAAUUUGUCUUCUUGCGUUCUUUUCUGACGCAGUUUUUCGUGGGAUUGGCUAUGGGACAGUUUGGAGUUUUCUUCGCGGCAAAUUCGAUCCUGAUUUGCGGGCAGCUGGACCUGUUGUGUUGCAGCCUGCGCAAUACGCGUUACACGGCGCUGUUGCGACGCGGUGUGCGGUACUCGGCUCUGUUCGCGGCGCGCGCCGAGCUCACCGCCGAUGAGCGACACAAUUACAUUUACAAUGUUGCUGAAACUAUAAAUUCUGAUUUUCAUUACGAUAGGAAAGUUGUUACAACAUGUGCGCUUGAAUCUUACUGCGACAUGUACAGCUCGGAGUACGACGAAGCAACCGUGGACGCACUGUGCGACUGCGCCCGCUUGUGUCAGAUCAUAAAACAGUACAAGGAGAUGUUUGAGACGUUCGUGUCGCCGCUCCUUGUGCUGAGAGUCGUCCAGGUGACACUGUACCUCUGCACACUGUUGUACGCGGCUACACUGAAAUUCGACAUGGUCACCGUGGAAUACUUAGCAGCGGUUGCUUUGGAUAUAUUUGUGUAUUGCUACUAUGGAAAUCAAAUUAUCAUUCAGGCAGACCGCGUUUCCACGGCAGCGUACCAGAGCGCGUGGCAGACGAUGGGCGUGAAGCCGCGCCGCAUGUUGCUCAACAUCUUGCAGGCCAACAGAAGGCCCGUCGUAGUCCGCGCCGGGCGGUUCCUGCCGAUGGAUUUGCACACUUUCGUUGUGAUAAUCAAGACAUCAUUCUCGUAUUACACACUGUUGGUCAACGUUAAUGAAAAAUAAUUCAACUUCACAUUCUGCACUCAAUGUAAACGUGAUUAAUUAUAUGGAUCAUCUUAUUUCAGAUAUACUUACUUCUUUAAAAAAUCGCGGCUUUUUUUUAAUUCUAUAGAUUCAUUUUUAUUGGCGCCUCUGAUUUGUUUUAGUUAGUCAUUAUCAACUACAAGGAAGCACCAGGAAACUAUCAGAAAUACACUCAAAAAAUUAAAACACUCCAAAAAUCUGUUGUCUGUAAAAGAUUGCCUUGUGAAAUAAGACCGCCAUUUGCACUUGUUUCUCUUUUCUUGUUUUAUUAUUUUUGUCUCUGGUGUACAACAAAGUGUAGCAAAUAAAUAAAUAACACCAGUCUAUGCCUUGACCAUUCUAAAACAACUUUAUACAUAUAUUAUUUUGUUAAUUUAUUAUAACAUAAAAUUCAUAUUGUUGGGCAAAUGGUGUUUCUAAAUUAUUAUUUGACAAACACAUAUGCAACCAAGUGUAUGUAUUGUAGAGAUGUAAGUUCACUUUGCAAGUGUUUAUAAUCUUUAUGACGUCAGGAAUUGGUCACAAUUUGUUACACUAGUAAUAAAAUAAAUAAACACAUAUUUCAGAAGUAUUUUAUUUAUGAAAUUAAUAUACAAUUCUCUUCAUACAUCAAUAGAUCAUUGAUUGUUUGUUGAUCGGCAGGCGGCCGCGCGGAUCAGUCUAACACAUUCAAUAGCGAUUAAAUUAUAAUGUUCCGAACGCCUUUCGUCUCAUACAACCGUUGGAAUAACACCAUGGUAACACUAUCGGUGGAAAAUUAAUAAACAUAAAUAAGUAAUUUCAACAUGGCGGCGCAUGGACAAACAUUGAUAUCUUACUAGUCGCAACCGUGACGGUUUCAACAAAGCAAACGUAACGGCUAUUUCAAACCGUUGCAAGUAAGCGAGACACGCUAACUUCAUUCAAUUAAAAAAUCUAUUCUCCAGACAAUGUGCAUGACAUUUUUUUCAAAAAACAAUAUUUACAAGACGUCCCAAUUUCGUAAUUUUCCAAUUAAAACCGUCGACGAAAAAGAUAAGGAAAGACGCGGCUACAAAAAGUCGCAGUGGCAGGUUGCACAAGACUCCUCAGUCGCACAAAGCAUCGUACACACCAAGGGGACGGUGUGAUUGCGUCUUUACAACUAUAUAUUUUUUUUUAUUUUGUUCAUAUAAUCAACACACUACGCGUCGUUUACAAGUGGAUUCUUUACGCUUACUACUUAAUUAUACAAAGGAGUUUAGUUUACUUUGAAUAUUUCCUUUCAAUUAACAUUAGUCGGUCAUUAAAUUUAUUAUCCGUGUCGCGCAGUUUCCACGCGGGCGGAGCGUCGCGCGUGUGGACGCCUCGUCGUACUGCGGUACUAACGGAGCAUAUUGUCAUUGUUGAAUAUUUGUUUUUUACAUAAAGGAAUUUCCUAUUCAGCCAAAAUUAUAUUUUUGUACACGUGGAAUCGUCUGCCCGCCGACGUGGAAACCGACCGACGCACUUACAUUAACACGGUUUGAUAAUGAUUACAACUCAAGCAUACAUCAGUCAUACGAAAACAUUCUCCCAGACAUAUUCACGCAGCACACGUUACAUCCGUCCGCAGACAAAACG